GACUGCGUCUGCCAGUGUGGACACACAGUCCAGCAGUGGGCGCCUUGGAACUCCGUGGCCAGGCACAAGAACGAUACCUCCAGCACCAAUGAGAAGAAGCUGCGCGACCUCCUCAAGGCUGAUCUUCCCCCUGCCGUGGCAACUGCGAUCCAGACGGAGCUGCAGCAGGCGAAGAAGCCGCCGCCCACGGACGCUUGGGAGGCGGCGCAGAAGGCCAAGCAGGAGUUACGCAAGACCGAGCAGGCCACUCAGAAGGCGGCGAUGGGAGUGCUUCGGGCCCGCGCCGACCUCGAGACGGCCUCAGAAGUGCACGCGUCCAAGGUGGAGCAGCAGGCGAUGGCGGAGCUCGCCUACCAGAAGGCGCUCUCCACGCUACAGACGGAGCAGGCACGCGAAGCACCUCAGCGGAACAAGCUCAUCAUCGACUACGACAUUUUCGAGACCGCAGACCCUGCGGACAUGGACGAGAACGAGCGCAAGACUUUCAUGGAGUACAAGAAGGAGUUCGACACCGCCAGGCCACAGCUCGAGUCGGCGGUGCAGAAGCUCCAGAACCUCAUGGAGUCCAUCAAGCGCUUCGACCAGGAGCGCGUCGCCAAGAGGAGGCGCCAGGAGGGAGGCGAUGAGGCGCCAUCGGUCGAGGCAGGCCGCGGCGGCGGCGCUGGCGCCCCACCUGCCAUGCCUGCGACCCCAGGGGCUGGUUCCGCCCCAGCGCCCGUGCCCCCUCAGCCCCCGCUGGACGGCGAGUGGCUCAAGUCGCUCUCCGAAGACUCGCUACGCCAGGCUGCCGAGACCUCCAAGACCAAGGCCCAGCUGUUCUUCUCGAACAUCACUGAAUGGGGCCCUCAGGCUGAGCGGUGGGUGGCGUCCACUGGCAAGCGCUAUCAGCUACUGGCCUUGGUCGAGACACAUAUCUCGCAGGCCAAACAGCAGCAUGAGUUUCUUAAGAUCGACAAGGAUGAUUGGAGAUCCUCCACAUGCUACGCAAUGCCGACGGGUCGAUCUGCAGAGGGCACGACGGGCGGAGAGAUGGUUCUAGUUCGCAAGUCGGUGGCUGCUUCCACCUUUGACGCUAUGAGACACCAGAGCCGCCAGUUGUAUGCAGUUGAUCCGUGUCAUGGUUUCGCCCCGAUGACGUGGCAUCGCAAGACAGGCAAUCUAGUCGUGACAGCCUUUUAUAUCGAACCGCACCACUCGAUUACGGGCCCAGUUCAUGAGCGGAUGGUUGCACUCACCGCUUUCUUGGACAUGCUGGCGGACCCGUGGAUUGUCUUAGCAGAUUGGAAUAUGUCACCGUGUCAACUGGCUGACAGCGGCUACCCUGAGGAGUGGGGUGGCUCCAUUCUGGUGGCCCCUGGUUCUGCAACGUGUGAUAAAGGCUCGGGCUCGACCAUUGACUACGCGGCGGUGAAGCGCGGCUGGGAGAUGUCCGCGGUCAUUCGCCAGGCGGACCCCAACAGUAAGACAUCAUUGAGGAAGAAGGCAGCGCUAGACAAGAGGCGCAACCAGUUGCCUGACACGCUGCAGGAGGUGUUUGAUGAGCUCACCCAGUCACAGGAGGAUGCAGCUGCGCCUCCAGUCUUGGUUGCAGCGGAUGUUGACUAUGUGGACGGCGUCGAUUUUGCCAUUCCUCUGGAUCUCUGGAGGCGGCGUCAGGACGACAUGAGGAGCACGCUGAGCACUCCAGACGAGAAUGGCACGCUGGGCACCUACGAAACGCAGGGGGCCCCAGAGAAGGCAGGCUCGCAGCGCCCGCCAGGGAAGACUCGCCUACUGGAGGGGGCCCAAUCUGUCUAUUGUGGGACGGUCGAGGAGAUGGAUGGCAUGCCAUUAAGGGGGGCGGGGGGCCCAAGAGCCCAUACGGGUGGCCACGGGCCUCAAAUCGUGGGAGCGUGCUCGCCCCCCUCGGAGCUGCUCGACAACGUCGGGACUGGUGCGGAUGGAGUUGUUACAGAUACUGCCAUACACGCGACGGGCCCCUCGAGAGACAAGUGGAGCACUCUCGACGUGAAUGACGCGCUGAACACCUACGACACGGCUGGCCCCCCAGAGAAGGCAGGCUCGCAGCACCCGCCAGGGAGGGACCCUGAGGCGACCACGCUUGUUUCGACCCACUAUGCCAAGUGGAUGUCGACCUUCGAGGCAACGGUUUUGAGUCACCAUGCGGUCCCUGUAGCGAAGCAAGCCGCCUACUCUGGUAGAGCAAAUGGGGUUCACUUCCAAUGGAAGAAGACUGCGGCUUGCCCUGGACGUACUCAUAUAAAGCACGAGCCUGCAGAAUGGUGGGCCAUUACCUUGACAUUGGUUAAGAAGAUUAUCGCGCUGUGCAAGCAUCAGAAGCAUGAGAACCUCAUGAGGUCCAACCUCACCCUAUUGCAGCUGAGGGUCACGGACUUCCACGGGAAGAGAGACUUACUGCUGCCGAAGGUCGAGGAGGAUGAGGUAUUCAGGUGGUCUGAGCUGGUACGCACCAUCACGAUCCUGGAUGACGAGGAACGAUCUGAACUCAUAUGCCGCACUGAGGCUUGGUCUGGCCGCGCUGCCGCUCAUGCCGCGUACCAGUCCAAGAAGAGGUACUCGGGUUGGCUCGCCGACAUGUGGAAGGCGAAGCCUGGAGUCCUGCAUCGACAGGUCAAGACGCAGGAGCAACAGAGGCUCGAUAUCUACAUCAGUGGCGCGACGGUUACCAACCCGAACCUGAUCAUGGAUGCGAAGCGGCAGGAGUGGGAGAAG